UGACGCCAUCUUGAAAUUGUCCCGACUGGAGGAGGAGACGGACUUAGAAAAUCUACGCUAUCUGCAGGGCGGUUUUAGUUUUUAAUUUUGACACAAAAGAGCGUUUGGACUUGUUCUGAGAACCUGUUUUGACCCGUGGCGAUUGUUUGAAUCACUUUGGGGAGGACUAUCAGGCUUUCAGAAGCCUCGUUGUUUCUUCCCUUCUGGAGCGAACGGAUCUGUGGUUUGCGGCCGGGCAGCCCUGCCGGACUGUCGGACGAAUCUGAGGGCUUCCACACGGAAUACAACCACAACAAACUGUUCGAACCCGCCGUUUUCACACGUGGAGGGUGCGAUUGCUGCUUCAGACGGCCAUUUCUUUGAUUUUUGUCUUUCCGUUUUCCAGCGAUGUUACGGAGCUUGUAGAGGAGAAGUUUGAUUGGGGAGCGGAGUGCGUUCGGUUUGCAGUCCGAUGGAUGUUAGCCCUGCCCGGCUGUGGCUCGGCUCUCUGCGCCGUCGUUCUGAAAAUAACUCAUCGGGCACAAGUGAGCUGUUCAUAACAAUGCUGCAGACCUAACAAGUCAACGACAACACUGGCUUCGGUGCCAUCAAGUCGCCCCAUUAUUGUUUGUCUGUAAACCUGGAAAUACCACCCCCUUCCUCUCUCACCCUCCUCUUCGUCACCCCCCUGUUAAAGCUGCAUUACCUGGGAUAUUUUGGAUUUAGACUUUUUGGUUUUAAAUGCAUUUUUUCCAGAGACUGUGCUCCUCCUUGGAGCUGCAAGACGUUUAAUUAAUUUUAAAUUUUUUAAAUCGCAUUUGGGUGUUUUUUCUUUUCUUUUUUUUUUUUUUGCUCUCUUUUUGAAACAUUUUUUCUAGGUGUGUGUGGAUCAGAUUCGGAUGGAAAAUGGGAGACGCUACAAAGCUGGCCUUCGCCGUUUUCCUCAUCUCCUGCUCUUCAGGUGCCAUCCUGGGACGCUCGGAGACGCAGGAAUGCGUUUUCUACAACUCGAGCUGGGAGAAGGACAUGAUCAACCGCAGCAACAUUGAACCCUGCUACGACGAGAAGAACAAGCGGCGGCACUGCUUCGCCUCCUGGAAGAACGUCUCGGGCACGAUUGAGAUCGUCAGGCAGGGCUGCUGGCUGGAUGACGUCAAUUGCUACGACAGCAACGAGUGUGUGGAGAGGAAGGAGAGUCCCAACGUUUUCUUCUGCUGCUGCGAAGGCAACAUGUGCAACGAGAGGUUCAUGUACGCCCCCCAGAGCGACCCGCAGAGCGACCCACCGAGCGACACGCAACAUUCAACCGCCUACACCACCUCCAACCCGUUUCCCCCGAAGCCCCAGCUCUUCAGCACUCUCCUCUACUCCCUGGUUCCCAUCAUCGGCCUGGCUGCCGUCGUCCUCUUGUCCUUCUGGAUGUGGAGGCACCACAAACUGGCCUACCCCGCCGCCCUCGUGCCCACACAUGACAGAGGUGUUGUGUUUCUGCAGAGCUGCUGUUGAGGCGCUUCAAGUUUCUCUUUCUGUCCAUUCAGCUGCGAUGACCGUUGGGUCCUGCUUUUUAUCGGUUAAUUGCAAACAAAGGGGAAAUGUAAAACGCCUCAGUUCCCGCGUGUCAGAUGCUUUUUUUUUCUAUUUUUUUUUUCCUGGAAACUUGUCCCAUAGGCACCGACGUGAAGCCUCAGAGACAAACAGGAAUACCAACGGCAGAACGGCAUUAAAAUCCAGCCUGACUCUGAUAAAGCUGAGAUGUUUUGUGAAGCUAAUCUCAGAACCACAUAUUUUACUUACAAUGGAACACAAUAAACAUAUUAAAUGUUUAAACUAAGAAAUUGUACAAUAUUAAGGAACAAAUUAGGUAAUUCUGAAUUUGAUUAUAGCGACAGGAAAAAAGUUGGGACAGGGGCAACAAAGGUAAAGUCAGUUGUAGGAACAGGAAGCAUCUGGAGGAGCAUUUUCAACUAAUUAGCUUAACUGGCAAAAGGUCAGUAAGAGGACAGAAGAAAAGAAGAGCAUCUUAGAGAGGGUGAAUCUUUCAGAAAUAAAGAAGGGCAGAAGUUCACCAGUCUGUGAAAAACGUUAAAAAUAUUGGAACAAUUGGGAAACAAAAUUCCUACAGAUCUAAAUAUCAUGAAAAGAUUUCAGAGCAGUGUCUGAGCUCAGACCAACAGGCUGGAAGUCAGGAUUGGAUGUGAUCUUUGGGCCCUCAGGGGCCACUGCAUUCAAAACAUUAUUACUGCAUGGGCGUUCACACUUCUACAAUUCAUUGUCUGUAAAUAUAGUUCACUGUGCUUACUGAAAAGGCUGGUUAAAGCUCUAUCAUGCAAAAAAACUACACAUUUGUUAACACUAUCCAGAAAUGCUGCUGUCUUCUCCGGACCAAAGCUUGUUUAAAUAGACUGAGACACAGUGGAAAAGUCUGAACUGUCCAACCUAUUAUCAGCACACCGGUCAAAAGCCUUCACUAUGUUCAUUGUUUAUUAUUACAUCACUGUGUGCAUGUGAAUAAAAUAUGACUUUAUUUGAUUUUCAAAUAAUGACAUUAUGUUUUUAUCUGUGUCAGAAAUAGAGUUGUACUAAAAGUAUGAAAAAAAGUUACAACUGCUCAUUUUGUUUUAUUUUCAACUAAAAACAGGAAAGAGACAGAGUUUGUGGAAAGCCACUGUGCAGACAAUUAGGUUUGAGCAUCUCCUUUCUGAUCUGCCUUUUGUUGUGUCAGGUAGCCUUUUCAUUUGAAAUACUCAAACAUUCCUGAACACACACUGGGCUUUUGUUCAAACAAAAGUGUAGGUAUAAACUAUUUUUCACCCGCAUCUCACGCCAAACCUGUUUCAUUCCUCUUCACUUAGAUGCAGUUUUUAUAUUUAUUUGUUUAUUUUCUGUAUGAUUACACUUUUGAUCAGUUUCACGUUUUUAAGCAAAUUAUGCAGCUUUUAAAAAGCUUUAAAUUGUCCCGCAUUCAAUACAGGAAAUGAAUCCGUUCUCCCACCCAAAACGUUCUCCAUGAAUUUAGGUCCUGUGAUCUGAAAGCCAGUUUUUUACUCGACUGCAGCAGAGCCGUGCUCUCAUCUGCUUCAGCAGGAGGAGAGGAGAGGAGCCACGCAGAGCUUUCCACCGUAUGGAAGAGGAGUCAGGGGCCUCUGCAUUAUUGAUGAGGCUUUAUAUAGGCAAACAAAACUAAACACAGAGAA